GUAUUAGGUGGUAUAGGUCCUGGAUUAGGUGCAUUUUCAUUUACUGGUUUUGUUAUUGAUUUAUCUCAUUCAUAUCGUACACAUUAUGUACAAUAA